GAACCCAGUUGUCGCAUGUUGAUGACGCAUUUUGACAUUGGAAUGAAGCGUGAUAGAAGGGCUUGAAUAAAGUCAUGGCUUUGCGGCUGUUUUCAAGAACAUUUUCUGGUGUCAUCACAGCGUCGCAACAUGUGAACCACCAGAGGACUUUCAGCGUCACUGCGGUGGUGUCAGCCAUUCAAAAGAUGACCAGAGUGCGUGUUGUGGACAAUAGCACACUUGGGAACACACCUUACCACCGACCGCCGCGAGUCAUCCACGUCUACACCAAGAACGGAGUUGGAAAAGUCGGGGACAAGGUUUUGCUGGCCAUCAAAGGACAAAAAAAGGCAGCAAUAAUUGUUGGUCACAAAAUGCCUGGAGCGCGCAUGACUGCCCGUUUUGACUCAAACAACGUCGUUCUGAUCGAGGACAAUGGGAACCCGACCGGCACCAGAAUCAAAGUCCCCUUACCUACUCAGUUGCGAGAGCGAGAGGGUGACUUCUCCAAAGUGUUAGCGAUUGCUAAUACAUUUGUGUAAUCGAGUUUGUUUUCGCAUAAAAUAUUUCUCAAUU